AUGGCCGAUGGACCUCGCGCAGCGCCCAGGCGGCGCCGCCGCCCAUCUUCGUGGCCUCGCAGGCGUCCCUCGGCCGCGCCGCGGCCCCCCUGCGGGCCCCAGGCGUGGAGGAGGCGAGCUACGUGUUGCGCGACGCGCCCAGAGUUGUGCCGCGCCUGGACGGACCCCCCGCUGGCGGCGCUGGGCGCCUCGCGGCUGCACGGGGCCGGGGUCUUCGCGGCCCGAGACAUCGCUGCCGGGGAGGUGGUCGAGAUGGUGCCGUCACUCCCGGUCUCCUACGCGGAGAUCUGCAACACCCCCUUGCGUGACUACGUCUUCGGCAGCGACUUCGAGCCCGGGGCAGACGACGCGUGGCAGGGCGCCGUGUUCUUGCCGCUGAGCCUGGGUGGUGCUUACAACCACGGCGCGCGGCCGAACGUGUACCCGCAGCGGUUCUUGGAUCAGCCUUUCGUACAGGCCGACCUACGAGUCAAUGUUCAUCGAAGAUUGUGCUCGGUCUUCCUCUGGCACACGCACCUCCGCAGGCGUGGGCGGCCCUGGAGGCGAUCCCUGCCGGAGCCGAGCUGCUGCUGA